AAUAAGCCUAGCGCUGAUGCCCAACUACCAAGUGGUCGAACCGGGGAUGUCAGCCAAGCUCAACUGCACCACCACCACGGGUAGUGUGGACCUGUCGGAAGUCACGUGGUACAAGGACGGGAGGCCCCUUAAGACGGACGUGCUCCGAGUGAGACUUGAAACCAUGGCGAACCUCGUCAUCAGGCCAGUUGAGAAAAGAGAUGCUGGCAUGUAUCAGUGCUUCGUAGGCGGUAACCUGGAAAUGGCGCAAGCGUCUGCAGAGAUUGCAGUUGCUGAGACAGCGCCAAGCCUCACGCAGACGUUCUACCAGAGAAGCGCAAAACCCGGCGAGAGUAUAUCCCUUCAAUGUCAGAGCAAGGGCAGACCUCUGCCGACAUUUUCCUGGGAACGCGAUCAGGAACUGCUCUUGAGCGACCGUCGCGUCCGCAUCACGAGCGUCCGCAUCAGCAACCAGGUCAUCUCUGUGCUGAACGUCACCAGGAUAUACGCAGAAGACUCUGGACUCUACGGCUGCAGAGCCACAAACGAAGCGGGAUCGGUGGCUCACUGGGCUCGCGUUGGCGUACAUGGCAAGAUCUUCGUGCACCAGGGAUUGUCUAAUGUCACCGCCGUACCAGGACAGGAAGUGCGGAUUCAGUGCCGCUAUGGCGGGUUUCCAGUUGACAGUGUAUCCUGGUACAAGGUUACAAAGUUCACUAACGACGGAUAUGAACACAUCAUGUGGAAAACCGAAAUCAUCCAGUACUAA